ACCCAUGAUAACCUCCUGCCUCAUCACAGCUACUCUAAAUACUAUUUUACCCAGACAUCCUAGACCAUUUCUUUUUUACUUAGACCAGAAAAUUGUCACAGGAACAAGACAGAAAAGAAGAAGAGUUUCAGAAAUCUGCAAGAGUCAAGUUUCCUUCACAUGAUCCAAGCGUCGCUGUGAUGAAGAUCCACCGGAGAAUCUUAACCCACUUCCUGUCCUGCACCUCACCGGUGGAUAAAGAGGGAUAUCUUUAUAAAAAGAGAGGGAGAAACACGUCGUACCUGCGCCGCUGGUUUGUCCUGAAAGGGAAUCUUCUGUUCUAUCAGGAGCGUCCGGCUGAUCGCCGUCUGCUUGGCGUGAUCGUCCUCGAGGGCUGCGUCGUUCAAACCGGAGAUUCGGACGUCUCCUUCUCUCUGGUGUUCACCGGUCCUGGACUUCGCUCCUAUCACCUGGCCUCAGACGAUCAACCGAGCCGAAAGAGCUGGGUGAACGCUCUCCGGUCAGCCAGCCACAUCUACAUCUCACUGCUCGUCAGGGACCUCGCUCAUCUUUACCAAGAAGUUAAAAAAGGGAAAAGCCUCAGUGAUUCUCCUCAUUCUUCAACAGCCACAGAUUCCUGUGUGAAAAUGUCCAGUUCCGUCAUCGCCGCUUUCUAUGCAGGAUCGCCAUAUUUGGCUCAGAUUUCUGCACCGACACACAGAGAUAUGAGAAGCUACAGUGCGAGCCACGCCUACCCCGGCCACCGCACCCACCACGCUCCAUCCGUGCCAAUCAGAUCGGCUAAUAAACGAUCGCCGAAACACUGGCCCAAAAGAAACGCCCACGUCACGCCUCUAAACGGCCCCGCCCCCAAGUACGGGGAGUGGCCUUUGGUGGGAUUCGACCCGAUGGACGAAUUCGUUAAACUUCACGAGUAUUACGGAAACGAGGUGAAGCAGGUGAGAGCUGAUUGGCUGAAGAAGAAACAGCAAGAGGCGGGCCAUAUCGAGGAGAAUCUUAUCGAUCUAGGGUGAUUUCUCACACUCCGAAUAUGUCUUGGUGUGACUCUUUAACCAUAAGACCUACACACCGUGUCGUAUUAAUGCUUGAUAACCGAUCCACUCUGAUUUUUAGACCCAGAUCCUCUCUUUUAAUCUGUGUGUAGCAAUUACAGAACAUUUUAAACAUUGCAAAUGGACUCAGCUGCAGUUUUCUCAGGCCACAGAAAAGAGAAGGUGACAUUGAGGAACUAUCUAAGGAAGUGAGAGAUUGUGGCGACUUUUACCAAAAACAAACCUGAAGAUCUUCUCUCUUCCUGUUCUGCUCACCUCACCGCACUCCAUUUCUUGAUUUCUGUUCUCAAAUCACAACAGGAAACUAGAAAUGCUUUAAAGAUUUAAACCCAGGGCAAGAAUUUGUUCAUUUUUUCUUCUUGCCUCAACCUAUAGAAGCAAAGCCAAGACAUACAUUAGACCUAACUGGGAAGAUGAUCACAAUGUGGUUUUAAAACCUGGCAACACUUUUCAUGAAGGUUUCCCUUCACUAACAUGAUUUAACUAACCAUGAACUUCAGCGUUAAUUCAUCAUCAGUCAGAUUAACACAAUAACUAAAGCUUGCAGUAUAUAACAUGCAAUAAGUGAAGGCAUGAUCCUUGAAGCGAUGUCAGGGGUCCAAGCACGGCUCAGAUCAACAUUACACCAGGACAAUAGUCGAGGGUCAAAAUCCUGGAAUGACAAAUCUCAGAACAUGACAUGGACUUUAUAAGGCAAUAAAUACUUCACAAAAAUAUUGAUACAAGAGAUUAGAAACAGACAAACGUAUCAAGGACCAAACAUGGGGCAGGUGACCACAGUAGAGCAACUAACAAAUAAAGAUCUGGGGCGGAGACAGGGCUAAAUACGAUGACACAGAAAGACUGACACAUUAAUUGAUGUUUACAAAGAUUAUAAAUCCAAAUAAUCGGCAUGUACGUUAACCAGUGUGUUAGAAUUUUCUGACCGAAUCAGAAGUUCAGGAUGUUAUCAGCUUUAACAUUCUAAACAAUCUGGAAAAGAAUUUUUGCUCAUUAACCUGGACGUAUUUUUAGCCACUGAUUUACAUAAACAGACAGUGCAAGUGUAUUUCAUCAACAUUAAUUAGUACAUGUCUUAAUUCAGAUAUUACUCUUACUCAUGGUUUAUUAAGUCUGAAAUUCAUGGCUUGUUAAUAUUGCAAAAGGUUGUUCAGUUUGGAUCAAUUGUGUACAUAUGGUGUACAAAUGGUAGCUAAUCAGUUGUUAUUAACCUUGCAGCUUUAAACAAAAGCUUCUGGGAUGUUACAAAUUGUUUUGCCAGAACACUGGAUUUGCUCCAGAUUACAGGUACGGUUGAGGCCAGAGUCCUUUAAUCUACAGUAUUACGUUUCUAAACCCAGUCCAAACUCAGAACCCUGCUGUUCCUGUAAUUCAGUAUUACUGAGAAAGUUGCUAAGGAUGCUAAAGCACUCUUUCUUAUUCACUUUACAUUUAUAUUACAGAGUUUCGUCUCCGUAAAGCUUAUUGCAGGUAAAAUACCUCAUAUGUGACUCUUUUAUACACGUGCAUCAGUAAGGAUUUCUUCUCUACUUCUUCUUCACACUCCUUAGUCUUAAACCUUUCUUGCUCAGACUGUUAUUGAAGGAUUGACCAAUAUAUUUUUACAUUAUAGUGUAUUUUAUUUAGUUGUACAAUAAUGUAAUUAUUACCAUUAAUAUAACUGGAUGUUAAAAACAGAAAUGUAAGCCAUAGACUGUAUAUAAUGACAUUUAUUAAUCAGGCAAAGUGUGAAGAUGAUUUUAGUCGCCAACAGGGGGCGCUAUUCUCUCUGAUUGCAGUUUAUUCACUAAGGUUUUCUGGCUAAAACAUUCAUUUAAGCUUAUGGAAAAUAUGAAUGAAACUGAGUGGGUCAGUUUUAUGAUGUUCUUUAUUAUUUUUAAAAGAAAUGAUGUGAUUGUAAACCUUUGUUUAUUUUUCUCUUUGUUUGAAUAAAAUGUCCCAGAACAUAUGAAUAAACUUUAUAUGAAGCA